GCGAAUAUCUUUCCAACUGAGACAUCUUUUUGGGUUUCAAACAUCAGGUUCUGCGAAUAUCGUUGAAACAUGGGAGUCUGAAUCUUUCUUGACGUCUCACCAAGCUCGCAUCCCAUAAUCGGCCUCUGAGUGAGAUGAGACCCCGCAUCAAACCUCUCAAGCGCCGUACCAAAGUCACCUUCAUCAAGCGCGCAGCAAAUAUGGCUGCAUCGGCCCAGACCGGGUCGCCGCAACGCUCCGACAGCGAUGUGGACGAGGAGUUUAUCGACGACCUGAGUGAUUUGGGAAUCGAAGGAAUCGAGACGAACAGUACCGUGCCAGAACUUUUCACGGCGUCUCCACCUGUGCGCGAUACGCUUCCGACGGCCACUUCAUACGCUCAGGAUGCUACGGUGCGGGAGUGUGUCCCGCUGCUGGCUGCCACGGACAGCGACAUCGAUCACAACGCCCAAGGAGUACCCUCACUGCUCCGUGAUAACCACAUCAAAUUUCUCCAGAAGCAGCUCGGGAGAUUUCCGGCCCCGUAUGUGGCUGCCGACGCGAGUCGGCCAUGGUUCCUGUAUUGGUCCCUCAACGCCCUGGCUCUGCUCGGCUACGACACGGCAGUGUACCGAGAAGACCUGAUCAAGACAGUGCGUACAAUGCAGAACCCCUCCGGUGGCAUCGGAGGCGGUCACGGACAGGACUCUCACCUUGCCACAACCUACGCUGUUGUUCUCGCCCUCGCCAUCGUCGGCGGUGAGGAUGCAUACGAGGUGAUAGAUAGGAAAGCCAUGUGGAAAUGGCUCUGCUCUCUCAAGCAACCCAGUGGCGGGAUUCAGAUGGCCCUGGGCGGAGAGGUAGAUGUCAGGGGAGCAUACUGUGCAGCCGUAAUUGUAACCCUACUGAACCUGCCUCUGGACCUCUCAACCGACUCGCCGGCGUGGACGCCUGAGCGGUCCACGCUCUUCACUGGAUUGGCGGAUUAUGUACGUAGAUGCCAAACAUUUGAGGGUGGAAUAUCGGGAAAGCCGGAUGGUGAAGCGCAUGGAGCCUAUGCUUUCUGCGCUUUGGGCUGCCUCUCGAUCCUGGACACUCCGCAUCGCAUCAUUCCCAAAUACCUCGACGUGCCACGACUUAUCUCUUGGCUCUCGUCACGGCAGUACGCUCCGGAGGGUGGCUUCAGUGGCCGCACAAAUAAGCUCGUCGACGGCUGCUACAGCCAUUGGGUCGGUGGGUGUUGGCCCUUGAUCGACGCUGUACUGAAAGGCGCAAUCGAGCUCGAGGAUCAACCGAACGAGGCGAGCUUCACUCCCCAUCAGGGCAGUCUUUACAGUCGUGAGGGGCUAAUUCGAUACAUCUUGUGUUGCGGUCAAGACCGAUCCAAACGUGGCGGUCUCCGCGACAAGCCCAGCAGGCCGUCGGAUGCGUACCACACUUGCUACGUCCUCUCAGGACUGAGCUCUGCACAGCACCAGUGGGAUCUCACAUAUGUCAACGAAGAUGAGACGAUCCUAUCGGAGCCAAAGUGGGUGGCGUCGCCUUGUGCCGAAGGAACACAGGUAUUCAACGAGGAGGACCGCGUCGGGACGAUCCACCCCGUCUACACCAUCCCCCAAGAAAGCGUCGACGACAUGAAGGCAUACUUUGCGUCGAAACAGGGAUUCUAGCCCGCCACCAGGCCGCCUGAAGGCGACCGCCCCCCCUUAUGUAUAUAUGGAGGAAGAACGUCGGAAUCCCGUAUCACGUGGUCCGCGCGAAAAGGGGCACUGUGAUGGCGGAGACCUUCCGAAAUGAACUCGGCGAUGGGAAACGUGCCAUGCAUGCUUACUGACGGCCCCAAUCAUGAGGAAGGGUGGGAUGGAGGAGCGAACACGACGGGCCUGCAGCUUCGAGCCCGGGGCGAAGAGAUCUCAGACAGGGGUCGUAUGUGCGAGCUUUUGAACAACUCAUCACGGCAAUAUGGCGGCGGCGCAGGAGAGUUUGUGUGGUUGUGCAUGUUGAAAGCUCCCAAGCUGGGUCUCCCGAAAGGUCGAGUUGCAUUUGAACGUGCGCCAGCUGCAGCACGCGAAUCGGCAUGCAACUUGUUUACUGGGAGGAAGAGGGAGGUGUUAUGGCAGCAGGAGGUAAUACAUUUCGAACAAACCGUUUCUGAUCCAGGCCAGAGCAAGCUGGCCGAGCACGCAGAACCAGUCGGCAUCCAGUGUUGACCUUUGAACAUCCCACCGCAAAUGGGACAGCAUGUUUCGUUAAAAAAACAGCGCUCAACGGUCGGGACUACGCAUCUUCCGAAAGCAAGGGUUCCCUUUGCUGUUUAUUCUGGCUUCUCGGCGCCACGACGCGGCGGCGGCGGCGAGCAAAUGCACAUCAUCAAUUCUCCCGCCCUCCCAAGAACCAGACCAAUCUAGAGAGACAUUGGAGACCCUGUAAC